AUGCCUUCCACAGUUCUCGGCAAGAGGACUCGCAGCUCUGCCCGCACAGCAAAGCCAGCAGACGUCACUCCCAUCUCGAAGCGCGCGACACGGCAGACGGCGUUUGUCAUCCUCGAUGAAGCAGAAAACGAGAACCCUUUUAUCACACCGAACAAGCAGAAUGCGCACAUCGAGCAUGAGUCGGAUGUGGAGAUGGGCGAGGACGCUGAGGAGGAGCCGUGCACAAAACGCGGAAGGAGAACCCGCGCAACACCUGCCAAAACUGUUGUAUCGCGCCUGCCACUGUCAGCUGCGAAAGAGAAUUCGCCUGCGAAAGUGCCUGCUCGAACCCCAGAGAGGAUCUCGUGCACGCCCUCGACUCCUCGGCACCGCGACGCACUCUCAAGCAAGGUCGCAGUCACCCCCUCGCGACGCCUUAUCAUCGCUGGCCGACCAUUGACGCCUCGCACACCGCAUACAUCCGGCACACCUCGAAGCACAGCACUCACAGUCUACAACGAAGCGCGCCAAGUCUUCGCACGCGGAUCUGCACCCACCGUUCUGUUCGGACGCAACACCGAGCGCGCCGAGCUCCAAACUUUCGUCUCCACAAGGGCAAAGAGCAAGAAGUCUGGAUGCAUCUACGUUUCGGGCCCGCCAGGUACCGGCAAGAGCGCCUUCGUCAACAAUGUGUGCCGAGCAGUCGCGACCGAUGCAUCUGUCAAGACGGGCUACAUCAACUGCAUGAGCGUCAAGAACGCCGUGGAUAUGUACAGAGUACUGCUUGAAGAGUUUAUGGACAUCACAGAGAUCACUGAAGGAGAUGAGAUGGAGAAGCUUAGGCGACUGUUCAUGCAGCGCAAGAUAUCCUAUAUUGUCACGCUCGAUGAAGUCGACCACCUGCUCGAGCUGGACAUCGAUCUCCUAUACAACAUCUUCGAGUGGUCUUUACAUAAGUCCUCGGGCUUGGUCCUCGUAGGUAUCGCAAACGCACUCGACUUCACAGACCGCUUUCUCCCUCGACUAAAGGCACGUGGAUUGAAGCCUCACCUUCUUCCAUUCCUUCCAUACACCGCACAACAAAUCUCCUCGGUCAUCACCUCGAAGUUGAAGGCACUACAACCAGCUGGAGCAGAUCAACUGCCCUUCAUCCAUCCGACCGCGAUCAUGUUUUUGUCCAAGAAGGUCGCUGCACAAUCGGGCGAUCUGCGUAAAGCUUUGGAUAUAUGUCGGAGAGCAAUCGACCUGAUCGAGGCCGACACACGGAACCAACAUGCCAUAAAGGCUGCCGAAAUCACACCUUCUCCAACACCGUCUCCCUCGAAGACGCCGUUGAUCGAGAACAUCAAUCUCUCGUCAGCGGCGGUCAGGCCUCCGUCCAAGCAAACAGCGCAGCAUGCGCUUGUGGCCUCUUUGGCGCAGCUCACCGCCGAGACCGCCCCUCGGGCUACCAUCGCCCAUAUGGCCAAGAUUACCGCUGCAGUCUUCAGCAAUGGUACCACACAGCGCCUUCAGAACCUCAACCUCCAGCAGAAGGCUGUCCUCUGCUCUUUGUCGGCCAUGGAGCGGAAGAAGCGCGCUUCAGCCGGUGACAGCGUCCUGAGUACACCAUCAAGACUACACAACACCGCUCCAACCAUAAAAGAGCUGUUCGGAGCCUACACGUUACUCUGCAGACGCGAGAAUGUUCUUCACCCCCUCACUAGCACCGAGUUCCGCGAUAUUGUCGGUAGCCUAGAGACGCUUUCGCUCGUCUCGGCCGUUGAGGGCAAGGCUGGUUCGCUUGUGGCUGACGCUGGUACGCCAAGCAGAAGAGGCAGGAAGACGAAUGGGUUUCCCGGUGUCGUCGUGGAGGAUCGUAGGGUUGCAAGUGCUGUAGGCACUAUUGAGCUUGACAAUGCUCUUACUGGCGCCGGCAGCAGUAUUCUGAAGGGUAUUCUGUACGAUAACUGA